AUGUACAAGAAACCUGAGAACCAAGUAUUAAAACAUUUACAGCAAAGAAUUCAGUCAAUAAAAGAAGAAUCUAAAUAGUCAGAAUUCACUUUAGAUGUUGCCAAGGAAGCAAUAAACGAAUCAUUUCUAGCAGUGAUAAAUAACAUUAUAACCUAAGAUUAAGAUAUAAAUGUCAAUAACUAGAUUGAUGUUAGGCAAGAGAUUUAACACUAUGUUCAACAAUAAAAGAAAAAGAAAAUCUUAAAAUACUUAGAGAGCCAUGUUAAUCAGGAUUUUUACCUUAGGAAAAAAUCAGUUCUUCCAGAUAUAUCGAGGUCUAUCCUCGUAGAUAAGAAUUUUUUCGCAGAUGAAGAAUAGUUUGACAUAAGAGGAAAACACCAUAGUUUGUCAAUAGAUUAUUCAUCAAAUAAUUUGAAAUAAAAACUUAAAAAGGGUAAAAGAUGGUAUGAUAUGGUUUAACUAGAAAAGCAACAGCAUAAUUAAAGGAUGUAGUAACUUAGAGAGCAAGAGGAUCAUAAAAAGCUUCUUGAUGAGUAAGAGCUUUUCAAAAAGCAGCAGGAAGAUCAAAUUCGUGAAAUUGAGCACAGACGCCUAAAACUUGAAUAAAAGGCUAGAGAGCGUCACUAAAGAGAGAUCGAAAGAAAGAAUAAAUAGAAUAUUGAUGAGGAAAGACUGAAGAAUGUUGAAUAUAUGCAUGACAAGCUUGAAGAUAAAUUCAAUAAAGAGUAUGUUUAUAAGCAAAAGGAAGAGGAAAUUAGGUUUCUUGAGGAAAGAAAGAAAUUUAUGAGCGAUCAAAAGAUGUCUAUUCAUGAGCUUAGAGAUCAUGAAGCUAAGUAUUUCUUAAAACUGAAUGAAUUGAAUUAUGAAAAAGAGUAGAGGAGAAGGUAAGAAAGAGAAAAACUGUUUGAAAAAGUACCCAAAGAAUUCUCUGUAUCUCCUCCAAGGACUAAAUUCCACACAAUAAUCAUUGAGGAAGAAUUGGCUCUAAAGCAAGCUAGAGAGCUUCAAUUAAAAAGCAUUCAAGAGAAAAUUUAGAAACGAGUAAUCUAUGCUAAAUUUAUUAGGGAGGAGCACCAUUAAUAAACUCCAGAUACCUAAUCUUAAGAAUAAGAUUUAACGCCGACCACAGUUUUUACUAAAAGUUAAAGAAGAAAUGAUCAUCAUCACCUUAAGAAAAAUGUAGAGAACUUAAGAGUAUCCGUUAAUCCAAUGAAAAUAGACUAUCUGACUAAAAUGAGAUUGGAUAGACUAAAUAAUGAGAAAGAGUCUGAUGGCAUUUCCAUUACAAACUCAAGCUUGUAGGAUAAAAGUUUUAUUCACCUUAAGAAGGAACUUAGCAAGUUAAGUGAGGAAAAAUAUUUUAGGUUUGAUAAUUUAACAUCUCAGAUAAAACUUUUAGAAGAAAAAGCUCUCAGAAAACAAAAGCUUAACAAAGUCAAGAAUAUAGACAAUAUAACUAAUAAUCAAGAAAUAGACAGCAUAUUGCUUCAAGCUAUUGACACUAAACUUAGUAUUCUCAACAAAAUAUGA